AUGCGAAGGCCGAAUACUUCAACUCCAAACCCGGGCCUUCGGCUCGGAAGGAGGAAUCGGCAGCCAAAGUUAUCCCGGCCGAACCGAGGAUCCGUCGGCAGGCACAAACGGAAGGACGACCGGGAUGGCCGUCAGGGAAACUCGAAGAAGGGACGUGGGAAGUACGGUCGUAACGACCACCGGGCACCCCUACCGAAUCACGAUCGUGCUCAGGAAGUCUUCACCCUGCUGAACACGACGUACGAGACCGUUCUAAUGAACGAACACGACCAGAUCCCGAAGCCGACCAACCGGAAGCCCAAUCGGCAGGAUAAUCGGGAUACUGGCAAAUUCUGCCGAUAUCACCAGCAGAACAGCCACAAUACCGAAGACUGCAUCAGUCUAAGGAAAAUUGUCGAGCGCCUGAUUCGGGAAGGGAAGUUGGAUCAGUACCUUGCCAGGCCGCCACAGGCCCCGGCACCGAAUGCGAAUCGGCAGAUCAACAUGAUCAACACGAUCAGCGGUGGCCCCACCCUGGCGGGACCCUCCAACCGCUCGGCGAAGCAGUAUGUGCGCGCCGCCCACUGCCCUCAGGUCUUCGGCAUAGCAGAGGAUCGGUGCCGAAAAUGCCAAAGGUGGGAUGGGAGCCCAUCACAUUCAGUGAAGAAGAAGAGGAGGGGAUCAUCUACCCCCACGACGACCCAAUGA